AUGGCCGUUAAUCAAUCAGACCUGGGCCCUAACCGGGCUGCAUCACCAGUACUCGAUGCUUCCUCAGUAGAUCCACUUGCUCGCACGAGCAUGGAGAACGAUCAGGUUGUUACUGAUGGGCGUGAUACCCUACAACGCAUGGAGUUAGUCGGUGACACCCAUACCGAUAUACCGGUCCCUGGCCCAACACCCUACGACGAAACAUCUCAUCAGGAUUCGACCUCCUCUUCGAGAACGACUCAAUUGCCGCUCUCCAGCAAUCAUGCCUUAUCAAACUCGUCAACAGUUCCUCCAAUGCGUAUAGAUCGGUUCGAGGCCUACGUCGAGGAUAGUCUUGGAUCAUACGCACCGUCCUUUAUGCAGCAGCAACAGCACAACCAGGCACCCGCUAACGGCAACCAGACAGCGAGUCUUUGGCCGAGCGACAACUUGUUGCAUAACAGGGAGCCAAUCGGCUACUUGCGUCCUUUGGAGGUCAACAUGUCCUCUCGUUCCACCCUCGACCUGGAGCACCAGGUUCUUACGCUUGACUCGGCAGACAUGGCAUACCUCAAGGCAAAGGGUGCCUUUGACCUGCCACCUCGCAAACUGCAGGAGGAUCUCGUCGAGGCAUACUUUUCGGACGUCCAUCCAACUGCCCCAGUGAUCAACCGACAUGAGUUUCUCUCUGCCUUCUACGGUGGUGGGAGCCCAAGUCCACUCCUGCUCUUUGCCAUCUUUACGUCUGGGUCUCGGGCAUGUCGACAUCCGGCGCUUCUAGAUAGCUGGGGAACCAACCAGAGCAGUGCGCAGCGGUUUUACAAGGCUACCAAGGCUUUACUAGAUACGGGCUACGAGCGGAGUCGGCUUGUCCGCGUCCAGGCAUUGCUGCUGCUUACUUGGUGGUGGGACAAGAAGGACGACGGAGGGAGAAACAUGCGGUCAUGCGCGGUUGAUGCGAUCAAUACUGCGCAAAGUAUUGGGAUGCAUCGAUGGAACCAUUAUCCCAAAAGCGACUUGGUAUUGGGGCGCCUGUGGAAACGAAUAUGGUGGACGUGUUUUAACCGCGAUGUGGCAGUGGCCGUCUCUCACGGUCUUCCCUGUAUCAUCGCCAUCUCCGACUUUGACGUCCACCCUUUAACUGCAGACGAUUUCAACGAGGAGCCCAACGUCGCUGAGCAUCUACACCGCUAUCCCUAUCAACCCGUUGAAGUAGCCUUCUCGAUAGAAAUCAUCAGGGUUGCCGAAGCGCUGCAUCAUGUCCACCAGACGCACUUUAUUAGGCAGCACCUCGAAAUGUCCAUGACUGUCUCCAUCGCUGAGCGCGAGGCAAAUCUGACGUCUUUGAGAGCGAUCGGUCAGGUACCCGUGCCGCCUGGCUCAGAGGGGGUCAAAAGAGGGAUUCCCGAUGACUAUAGUGACAAGGGUCUUCAACUCUGUCGCGACUGGCUUGACCGGGUACCCGACGUGCUGAAGUAUGACCUGGACGAUAUUCAGAAACACGAGUUCUGGCCAGCUUUCCUGCACAUUCUGUAUUUCACAAACAUCAUGUUACGCUUCCGAGAGAGGGCAGUCUCGCGUCCGGCCCAGGGGCGGGCUGAAGCCGAACGGCUCUACUGCCAGGCUCAAGGGAUCGCUGCAGCAACCGUGAUUAGCAAGAUUCUUCGCAACGUGAGGGCGUAUAAUCAUGUCCUCCGCUUCACCGGUCAACUUACCAUCUCGCUCUUCAAUUGUCUGAUAUUCUUCCUCAUCGAAGGACAGUCACCAAAUGACCAUGUCCGCGCUGACGCUCAGGCAAAGUACUCGAUGUGUCUGCACAUGCUGUAUGAGUUUAGUCAACUUUGGGUCAGCGCGUCGCUAGUCCACCGACUGUUUGAGGCCUUGCAGGCCCACAUGCAGCUUGCGAGAGGGGUAGCCUCGCCCUUCUUUUAUGCGGAUCAGUGGGAGUCCCCUCUUCCCGGUCUGCGGGUGUCCAGCGACAUUACCGAAUCUUACAUGAAGCAGUUGCUGGCCACCGAUUUCUACUACGACGGCAACAGCGUAGCUGGAUCGAGUCUCGGCCAGUCGUCCACAGGGCCAGGCACAGAGUUCUCUUCGCCCACCGGGAUGACUCAGUACUUCCUCGAGGAUACGUCACAGCCGUCUCUAGAUCUGUCCCUACCCCUUGGAGGAGGUGUCCCCGAUUCAUUGGACGUCGAGCAGUGGUACGCCUUCUCAGAGCCUCCUGAAGCCUGGUCGUGUUUCUCUGAAGCUGACGUCUAUCUGCCAACUAGGGUGAACUUUUUUGGUCUUGGUGGGAGCCCGGCUGAGGAGACGAAUAUGUUUAUGUUUCAGCAGAAGGGCACUGGUGCUAGCAGGACGUAA